AUGUGGUUAUAUCAUCUUUGGUUAUUAGGUCAAAAAUCGCUUCGUUAUGCAUGGCGUCGUCGUGCAUGUAAAUGUUGUCCAAAAAUAAUAUUUGAAUUUUUUAUUCCAGCCAUAUUUCUUCUAUUAUUAUUUCUUGUUCGAUGGUUACAUACACCGUCUCCAACCAAUAACAAAUCACCAUCAUCACCGCUGGAUCAAAAUAAACCUACACAGAUUACAAUAGCAGAAUCUUCGAUUGUUCCACAACUUAAUUCGAAGCAUAUUUUUAAUUAUACAUUUAAUCAUCAAUGUCCAUCGUCGAAUAUAAAAAUAGAAAUUGUUGAUAAUAAUGUAUUACAACGUUUGAAAAGUCAAUGUCCAAAAAGUAAUUUUAUUUCAUCGUCAAAAGCUCAACGAUAUAAUGGUUAUUUUCUACUUAAUACAACUUCAGAAAGACAUAAUAUCUAUUACCAAUGUUCAUAUGAAAAUAAAAAUUGGUGUCAAAAUAUUAGUACUUUAAAAGAUCAAGAUAAUUCAAUACAAAUUCAACAUCCAUCCGCAUUCAUAUGUUCCGAUAAAAAUAUCGAUGAAGUGAAUGACUUCUUAAAGAAUUAUCUUGCACUUGAAUCUCUUUUAAAUUCAUAUAAAAACAAACAACAAUUAUCAGUUUACACAUGGCCAUGUUCAUCAUAUCUAACUGAUGGUCUUUUUGAUAUAGCACCUAGUUUUGUCUUAAUUCUUAUUCUUAUUUUUAUUGAUGGAUCUAUUCUAUUUGGUUUUAAUUUACUUUUCCAUGCAAUAAUCGAUGAAAAACAUCACGGAAUUACUGAACUACUUCGUCUUAUAUCGAUUCAACCUAUACUUAAUAGUCUUUCUUGGUUUUUACGUGUUUUUCUUAUACAAUUUAUAGUAAAUAUAUUUUUAAUAUUAAUAUUAAAAUCUUCAUUCGAUGGUGGUAUUUAUCUAUCUUAUGUAUCACUAUGGUUAAUUAUACCAACAAUGCUAUUAUGGACUAUUCAAGUUUUUUCUCGAUCUAUACUUAUUGCUCAUUUUUUUAGCAGUAAUUUAAAAGCAACUAUUUGGUCAUGGUUUAUUUAUAUCGUAUCAUGUUGGCUAGUAUUUUCAUCAUAUAUACGAUUACCAUUUAUUAUUCAUCUUAUGGCUUCAGCUUGGUUACCAUUUUAUUCAAUAAAACGUCUUUUUAUUCUUCUUUUUCGAAUUAAUACCAAUCUAGGUUAUACAAGUUAUUUAAUCAAUGAAAUUCUAUUUAUUUGGUGUAGUAUGUUAAUUGGUAGUCUUCUUAUGUGGUUUUUAUCGUAUUAUCUUCAACAAAUACGACCAGGAAAAUAUGGUAUUGCACGUUCAUGGUCAUGGCCUUUAGAUUAUUUUCGUAAUAAUCGAAUAAGAAAUCAAAAGCGAAGAGAAAGUAUUGCUAUGCAAAUGAUAGAACCAACACCGGACAGAGAUAUAACAAUUCGUAUUGAUAAUUUAACUAAAACUUAUGGUGGAUCAAAUACUGAACGACAAUUAGCUGUUGAUCAUGUUUCAUUUAAUUUAAAAAAAUCUACUAUUCAUGGUCUGAUUGGUCAUAAUGGUGCAGGAAAAACUUCAACUAUGGAAAUGAUUUGUGGUUUAUCAUCAUGUGAUUGUGGUACAAUUGAAAUUCAUGAUAAAGAUUUAUAUGAAAAUUUAAAUGAACUUCAAACAUGUAUUGGUUAUUGUCCACAACAGGAUAUGCUUUUUUCACAUUUAACCGUACAAGAACAAUUAGAAUUUUAUGCACGUGUUCGAUCAAAACAAAAUACUAUUGAUCAUAAUCAAAUUCAACAAUUACUUACUAUGAUGGAAAUGGAUACAUGUAGUCGACGAUUAUGUCAUACUUUAUCUGGUGGUAUGCAACGAAAAUUAUCAAUUUUAUGUGCAUUUGUUGGUCAAGCUAAUGUUAUAGUUUUGGAUGAACCAUCAUCAUCACUUGAUCCAGUAGCACGUCGAAUACUUUGGUCAUGGCUUCGUGAAAAUAAAAAAGAUCGUACACUAUUAGUAUCAUCACAUUUAUUAGAUGAAGUUGAAGAACUUUGUGAUUCAGUUAUUAUUCUUGAUUCAGGAAAAAUUCGAGCAUCAGGUACAAUUCUUGAACUAAAACGACAAUUUGGUCCACCUGGUGAUCGACUUCAUUUGGCUCAAAUACCUUCAUAUAUACCAAAUGAAUGGAUUGUUGAUGAAAAUAAUCAUUUGGUUCAAAUACCUAAUCGACAACAAUUAAUUAAUUUACUUGAACGAUUAGAACGAGAUAAUAUAAAAUAUUCUUUAGAAAAUACUACACUUGAUGAUAUAUUUAUUAAAUCAAUUUCAUCAUCAGAAGUACCAUCAGAAGAAAAUAAUGUUAAAACUCAAAUAAAUACAUUAUUUGAUGCACGAACAAGUACACAACGAAAUCAUCUAUGGUCUCAACAAGCGUUAGGUGUUCUCAUUAGACGAGGUCAAUUAUUCUUAAGACGAGCUCGUCUAUUACCAAUUCUAUUACUUUUAUAUGUGGCUUAUGCUCUUGCAUCACGAUACAUGCCAUCAUUUACACCAUCAUCUACGGAGAAUAUUCGUUAUAUUAUUUCAUCUCGAUCAAAUCUAAUCGAUAAAUUACCAUUAGAAGAUUUAGAUGUAAAAUUUACACCAUCAUUUUAUUCAACAGAAGAAUUUCAACAGUAUCUAUUAGGAAUACAUACAUGGAAAUCGAAUUAUGGUCGAAAUAAAAAAAUUGUUGGCAUUCGAAUAUCAUCUUCUAAUCAUUUUGAAUGUUAUAUUCCUUCACCACUUUUAUCUAAUAUAAUUACAUCAUGUUUUCCUAUAUUUACAUUAUUUUCUAAUCAAACAUUUACACCAUUACAUUUCACUGAUAUGAAAAGAAGAAAUCCAUCAUUUGAAAUAUCACCAUUAACAAUAUUUAGUUAUGAACCAAUGUAUUAUUGUUUGUAUACAUUACCACCUGCACUUCAACUAUCAAUUGUUUCACUUUUGGUUAUUUUAAUGAUACCUGCAGCAUUAAUUAUUCAAGAUUAUAUAUCAGGUAUUCAUUCAUAUUCACUUAUACAUGGUCUUCGUUCAUCAAUUUAUUGGACUAUAAUAUUUCUUAGUGAUUUAAUUUUAUGUUUAUUAUGGCUUGGAAUUCUCAUUAUUAUUGCACGUUUUCUUUAUGCAUCAUCAUUUAAUGGUCGAUUUUUUGCUUUAACUCCAUUAUUUUUUAUUGCUAAUCUUCCAUUUAUUUAUUUGAUAUCAAAAUUUUGUACUACGCCUGUAUUAGGUGCUACAAUGAUUGUAGUAAUUCUUUUAAUUGCUCAUUUUUUAUAUACAUUACGAUUUAUAAUUGAAUUAUUUCGAAGUUCUCAAGCUAUUACAACAAUCAUACAUAGUAUACGAUGGUUACUUUUACUUGUUUUUCCAAAUGUUAAUAUAUAUACAUUAAUCGUAGCUGUAUUACGUCCAUAUGGAUGUCGAAGUGAUGAUUCAGUAUUAAAACAAGAUGGUGCUCUUUCUUACGAACAAUAUUCAUAUAAAGUACUUAUUCAUACAUCAAUACUUAUUGCUCAAUUUAUUAUUUAUUUCAUUCUAUUAAUUAUUAUUGAUACAUGUAGAUUACCUACAUCACGUCGUCGAAUACAAGGAAUAAUUAAUCAACAAGAAGAAGAUAAUGAUGUUGCAGAAGAAAGACAUCGAAUAGAAAAAAUGACUAAUGAAGAUAAACAACGUGAAGCACUUGUAGUUAAUAAUCUUUCUAAACGUUAUUGGGGAUCACAUUCUUUAGCUGUUAAUCGAUUGACAUUUGCUGUACCUCAUAGACAAUGUUUUGGCUUAUUAGGAUUCAAUGGAAGUGGUAAAACUACAACAUUUCGAAUGUUAGUUGGAGAAAUAUCAACAACUAGCGGUUACGUGUAUAGAAGUAAUAACGAAUCAAUUGGUUAUUGUCCACAAGAUGAUAUUGAAUUUUCGGGUUUAACUGUUUUACAAUCUAUUAAUUAUAUAUGUCGUCUUCAUGGUGUUAAUCCAUCAUUAUUAAAUAAUUUAAUAUUAUCACAAUUUCAAUUAGAAAAAUAUCGUAAACGUUUAGUAUCACAUCUGAGUGGUGGAACACGUCGUCGUCUUCAUUUAGCUCUAUGUCUUAUUGGUUCUCCAACACUUUUAUUAUUAGAUGAACCAACAGCUAAAGUUGAUCCAUUGUUACGUAAUCAUAUUCGUCUUAUAUUACAACAUCGUCCUCCUGAUACAUCUAUUGUAUUUGCUUCACAUUCAAUGCUUGAAUGUGAACAAUUAUGUGAUCGUUUAACAAUACUUGUUCAUGGAAAUGCAAGAUGUUUAGGUUCACCACGACAUCUUAAAGAUCAAUAUGGUACUGAUUAUCGUAUAAGAUUAACACCAUUACAAGCAUCAAUAGAUAUACCAUUGCUUCAACGUGUUGAUAAUAGCAAUGAAUAUAUCUAUCCAAAAAGUAGUUUAUCAAAUUUAUUUAAACUAUUAGAAAGUUUAGUUCAACAAAAUCGUAUUGCAUCAAAUUAUACAAUACAAUUAACUUCAUUAGAACAUAUUUUUCUUGCACUUCAACAUCCUAUAGAUACCAAAGUUUAG